CGGAGAGUGAUAUAAAGAAAGAUAAAGAAACAUUGGUCAAUGGCGAUCAAGACCUACUUCUUUCUGUUCUUUUUCUUCUUCUCUGAUCUUCUUUUGGUCUUCGCCAUCUCUCCGUCGGAAAACAACAUUCCUCCUCCGCCUGUUCCGUUGAUCUCAGGAGGCAAAUGGGUUCUUCUACAUACAAGCAUCGGCCUCUCGGCCAUGCACAUGCAGCUCCUCCAUAACGAUAAGGUCCUCAUGUUCGACCGGACCGACUUUGGACCUUCCAACCUUUCUCUUUCGUUUGGACGCUGCCGCUUCGACCCCAAUGACGUCGCUCUAAACAUCGACUGCACUGCUCACUCUUUAAUCUACGAUAUCCCCACCAACACUUUCCGACCUCUCAUGGUGCAGACAGACACUUGGUGCUCCUCCGGCUCCGUCCUCCCCAAUGGUACCCUCGUGCAGACCGGUGGCUACAACGACGGUGAUCGUGUCAUCCGCACAUUCUCACCAUGCAUUGAUGAUCUGUGCGACUGGACGGAGCUUCCGGAGUACCUCUCCUCCAGGCGCUGGUACGCCUCGAACCAGAUCCUCCCCGACGGACGUAUCAUAAUCGUUGGCGGCCGGAAGGUGUUCAACUACGAGUUUUAUCCAACAAAUCUCGUAAACGAGUCCGCUCCGUCGAAUUACUAUCUGUCUUUCUUGGAAGAAACGAGAGAUCCCUACGAAGAGAACAAUCUUUAUCCGUUCUUGCAUCUCUUGCCCGAUGGUAACCUCUUUAUCUUUGCCAAUACGCGCUCAAUCUUGUUCAGCCACACUAGAAACCGGGUUCUUCGAGAGUUUCCGGCGAUCCCAGGCGGUCACAAGCGGAACUAUCCCAGCAGUGGCUCAUCGGUGCUUCUUCCCAUUAAUCUAGCCGGUGGAAAUGCAACCCAGUCACCGGAGGCCGAAGUAAUGGUCUGCGGCGGUGCACCACCCGGCGCAUUCGAUCAAGCUGAGGUUGGCAUCUACGUCGGGGCGUCGAAUAGCUGUGGUCGUCUCAAGGUUACGGACCCUAAACCCAAAUGGGUUAUGGAAGAGAUGCCCAUGGGUCGAGUCAUGUCGGAUAUGCUACUCCUUCCCACCGGCGAGGUCUUGAUCAUCAAUGGCGCAGCCAACGGAACGGCGGGUUGGGAGAAUGCGAUAAACCCGGUUCUCAACCCGGUGCUUUACCUGACGUACGAGCAGGAUCCGAGCCGGAGGUUUAAAGUUCUGAAUGGUUCACCCAUUCCAAGGCUGUACCACUCGGCUGCAGUGUUGCUUCCAGAUGGGCGCAUUUUAGUGGGGGGCAGCAAUCCUCACAGGCUCUACAACUUCACCGACGACGUCAGGUACCCAACUGAGCUAAGUUUGGAGGCGUUCUUGCCGCACUAUCUAGCCGCGCAGUACGCCUUGCUCCGCCCUUUGAUCGUGUCGGUGGGUCCCAACGGAACCUCCAGCUCCAUAUCGUACGGGCAGAAAUUCUCGGUGACUUUCGCUCUGUCUGUUGCAUACCGGAUUGAACAAGACAUCUCGGUUUCGGUUACACUGAUAGCACCAUCGUUUACCACACACGCGUUCGGGAUGAACCAGAGAUUGGUGGUGUUGAAUGUGAUUAGCCUCUUGCAGGUAUUCACGUCCGCCUAUCAAGCUGACCUGGAUGGGCCCACGACAUCGUCUGUUGCUCCACCUGGAUAUUAUAUGCUGUUUGUCGUCUAUGCUGGCAUUCCGAGUCAUGGGUUUUGGGUAAAGAUAGGAUGAGAUGUGCUGUACGAUUUAAUACGGUGUAUCCUUAUAUAUAUUACCAGAACCAGAUGAUCAGGUCAAAUAUUUGAUUGAUUUCGAUUUAUGUUGGGGUGUGCU